ACUUCAUCUAUCUCAUCUAUCUCAAUAACAAUAAGAGAAGAUCGAGUUUGGGGUAAGGCUUGAUUUGAUCGAAGAGGGUUGAACCCAGAAAAAUUCAGGGUUCAACCCACCCUUUUUCCAAAAUAAAAAUUUUCCCCAAGAAAUGGAGGGAUUUCAGAUCAAGAUUUUAUCCCUCUUGUUUGUUAGUCUAGCUGCAAUAAUAAUUCCUACAAGCUUGGGUCACAUUAGCGAGUUUGAUGACGUGUGGCAGAACCGGAAAGAAGAAGCAUGGAUGCAUGCCCUCAAGACUUAUGAACCUGAUCCUUCUAAUGUUACUUCCACCUUGAAUCACAAUGUUGUCAAGGUAAUAUUAGACUACCGAAAUAAUAAUAAUGAGACAGAAACGGAGACAAAUAGCACAAGGAGGCAUCUAGGAAAAAAAAAGUACCGUGGCCCAUGCAAUGCCACAAACCCAAUCGACCGUUGCUGGCGUUGCGAUCCCAAUUGGGCUAACAAAAGGAAGAGAUUGGCCGAUUGCUCUCUAGGGUUUGGGUACAAAGCCAAAGGUGGCAAGAACGGCGAUUUCUACACUGUUACCGACAACUCUGAUCAUCCUCUAAAUCCCAAACGUGGGACUCUCCGACACGCGGUGAUCCAGAUCAAACCCUUGUGGAUAAUCUUCGCAAGAAGCAUGAACAUCAAGCUUAAGCAAGAGUUGAUGGUGCAAAGCCACAAGACGAUCGAUGGGCGUGGGGCCCAAGUCCACAUCAGUGGUGGGGCCGGGAUCACCCUCCAAUUCGUGAAGAACGUCAUCAUUCACGGCAUUCGCGUCCAUGACAUCGUCCACGGUGACGGCGGCAUGAUCAGAGACUCCAUCAACCACUUUGGACUGCGAACCAGGAGCGACGGUGACGGCAUUUCCCUGUUCGGAGCAACCGAUAUUUGGUUAGAUCAUUUGUCCAUGAGGAAAUGUGACGACGGGGUGAUUGACGCCAUUGAAGCUUCCACCGCCAUCACUAUUUCGAAUAGCCACUUCACGGAUCAUAAUGAGGUGAUGUUGUUUGGCGCAAAUGAUCAUUCACCAAAAGAUAAGAUCAUGCAAGUCACCAUUGCUUUCAACCACUUUGGGAAGAGAUUGGUGCAAAGAAUGCCGAGGUGCCGAUAUGGAUACUUCCAUGUGGUGAACAAUGAUUACACACACUGGAACAUGUAUGCCAUUGGAGGUAGUUCGGACCCCACCAUCAUAAGUCAGGGCAAUAGGUUCAUUGCUCCCUCAGACAUUCACAAAAGACAGAUAACUCACAGAGUUGGGGCGGCUCCGGAACAGUGGAAGCAGUGGACAUGGAGAUCAGAGGGAGAUACUUACAUGAACGGAGCCUAUUUUGUUCAGUCCGGGGAUCCAAAUUUUGUUUCAAAGCACCACAAUUUGUACGAUGGGAUAAAAGCAUUCAAGGGUAAAGAAGUGACAUGGCUUACUAGGUUUGCAGGGGCACUAAAUUGCAAGAUUGGAUUACCAUGUUAGUUCAAUCUAUUAUUAUAUUAUUAUUAUUGCCACCUCGCGUUGAAGUCGAUCUCUUUAAUUUCAUUACCGCUAUUAUUGACAUACAUGAUGUCCCAAACAAGUUUUAGGAAGUUUUGUAAUUGUUUC